AUGCCCCUCGACACCUCAACCUACUCCCUCGCUCUCCUCCGUCUUGACGGUCGCAGAUGGAAUGAACUUCGUCGGCUUACAGCACAAAUCUCAACCCAACCCUCCUCUGAUGGGUCGUCAUAUCUCUCAAUGGGUAAUACCCAAGUCCUCUGCACAGUGACUGGUCCUUGUGAUCCCUCAAAAUUACGAUCGAUUGGCGGUGGUGGGAAUAACAAUGCAGGGGAGAAGGCAGAGGUGAGAGUGGAGAUUAGCUUUGCUGGCUUUGCGGGCGUGGAUAGAAAAAAGUAUGGGAAGAAUGACAAACGUAUUCAAGAACUUUCAACCACCCUCUCCACAACCUUUACCCCUCACCUUCUUACUACUUUGACUUCUCACUCGACAAUUCUCAUUUCCCUCCAUAUCCUAUCCCUUGAUGGCUCGCUUCUCUCUGCUCUCAUCAACGCCUCAACUCUUGCUUUAAUCGAUGCUGGUAUCCCAAUGCCUUCCUAUAUUUGUGCUUGCACAGCCGGUUCCACAUCUUCAUACUCAAGUAAUGAUGAAAAAGCAGACCCAUUAUUGGAUUUAAACUUGGGCGAGGAGCAGGAAUUACCAUUCCUGACGGUUGCGACAGCUGGAGAAGGCGAUGGCGAUGGAGUCGUGGCGUUAGUCAUGGAGACGAGGGUACAGGCGGGGAGAUUAGAGGGUAUGUUGGCUGUAGGGGUUGAUGGGUGUAAACAAGUUAGAGAAAUUCUAGAUGGAGUGAUUAGGAGUAGAGGGAAGAAGAUGUUAGGUGGUGCAAUGACUUAG